CCAGGAAAGCCUGUCGCGCUGGCGACACCGAUGCCCAGACUGGACGACCACUGCUGGAGCUGUCCCUGCGCUCACGGCCCCAGGCACGCAGGCCGCGCGAGAGCCAGUGCCGGAGGGCUGGCAGCCAAAGUGGGAGAGAUGAUCACCUCCUCAGUGUCCCGCCCCUCUCUGCUGGUGGCCCGCGCUGCCCCGGACUCCGACCCCUCGCGGGGGCCUGGGGGCACCGGCGCGGGGGGCGGCAGCGCCAGCUGGCAUCACCGCCUGGUGCAGAGGGGCCUGGUGCUGUUCUCCGUCGGGGUGGGCCUGGCUCUGGUGCUCAACCUGCUGCAGGUCCAGAGGAAUGUCACCCUUUUCCCUGAGGAGGUGACCGCCACCGCCUUCUCCUCGGCCUGGUGGGUGCCUCCCUGUUGUGGGACAGCAGCUGCUGUCGUCGGCUUGCUGUACCCCUGCAUCGACAGUCACCUGGGGGAGCCCCACAAGUUUAAGAGGGAGUGGGCCAGCGUCAUGCGCUGCGUCGCGGUCUUCGUGGGCAUCAACCACGCCAGUGCUAAAUUGGAUUUUGCCAAUAACGUUCAGCUCUCCUUGACACUGGCGGCCCUGUCUUUGGGCCUUUGGUGGACGUUUGACCGCUCGAGAAGCGGCCUUGGCCUUGGGAUCACCAUCGCCUUCCUGGCCACCCUGAUCACCCAGCUGCUGGUGUACAACGGUGUCUAUCAGUACACGUCCCCGGACUUCCUCUACAUCCGCUCCUGGCUGCCCUGCAUAUUUUUCUCGGGAGGCGUGACGGUGGGGAACAUAGGGCGGCAGCUGGCUAUGGGUGUCCCUGAAAAGCCACACAGCGACUGAGUCCUCACCCCACUGAGUGCGAAGACCAGCGAGAUGCGGGAAGAAAACCCACACUUCGACUCGCGACAGAGAUUAUCCUUUUCCUCAAUGAUCUGCUUAGAUUGGGCUGACUGUGCAACCGACUCCUGGGGGAAAUCCACCUGUUUUAGAAUAGCCAAGGGGGAGGGGUCACCGCGUACCUGGACGUCACCUUCUCCGCUGUCCCGCGCCUGCCCUGCAGACCUGGGUCCCGGGCGGGGCCAGCGGCCACUCUGAGGAUUCGACGUCGUUUGCAAAAGGCAGGCCGCUGCAUUUCAGAGCCUUGCUCGAACCCCAAUCCCCAGCCCUGUUUCGUGCGGGUGCCCGGUGCUCGCGAGGGUGCAGGGCGCUGACGCGGGAAGAUGUGUCCAGCAGGUUUUGAGGUGGGGUGUGUAGGACAGCAGACGGCAGCACGAACUCCGCGGGUCAGGGCCCGAGCCCCGCGCUCACGUGCCGGCCGACGGGUGCUGGGAGCUGGGGAGCGGUGAGCCAGCCCCCCGCUGCGACGUGCCAGGCCCUGCACCUCGGCGUCGAUGACGUUCCCCCCCAACCCACAGCGUCUAGCACCACGUAUUUCAGUCUCCGUGAGCCGGAAGUGGCUUCUUCGGUGGUCCAGGAUAAAGAUGAUUAUUCCCCCUUCCACGGCCCUAUGGAAUUUGCAAUCUGUGAUUGCCUUGUAAAAAAAAAAAAAAAGGAGCGCUUAAGUCACUGCAUGAAACGUUCGGCGUUUCUAGAGAUGCAGAGAUACUGGUGAGCACAAUGCAUUCGUUGACCGGCAUAGACCACGUCAGACCCAACUUGCAAGUAUUGGGUCGUUAACUUCAAGUGCAAUGUACAUGAAAACCAAUCUGAGCCUUGUAUUCUCUUAAAUAUUUAUUUUUUUUAACAUGAGAUGUUGAAGAGGGUUCUCCAUUUCAGUGCUGCAUGGAGGCGCACGCGGCAAAGAUGCCUCGGCUGUGAAGUCACUUCGCUGUUGUGCCCUCCACUGAGCCCUAGUCCUUAGAAAUACUCCACUUUUGUGGGUUUUCGUAAACUUAUCAUUUUUGCUUGCAAAGUCAUCUUUUUUUUUUUUUUUUUUGUAUUUUGUAUUUUGAAAUUGAAAUGUUUUGGCUUUGUUUUAAAUUCUGCGAAAGUGGCUUGAUAAAAGACUCCUCUGGAGGGGAGUCGGCGGCCAGCAGACCCGGACGUGGACGGGCCUGGCGGCCGCCAUGACCAACACACCCGGCUCCCCACGUGACGCCCCUCGCCGCAGUGGUUCUGUUGUUUUGAGGGAAAUCUCAUUUUAAGUUACUACAGCUAAUUCGUUUUAGAGGAAUUUUGUUUAAAGGAAGAUGGGACCCUCCUGAACUUUGCGAUGAUCCCUCGCACCCUCUCUGAAAAGGAAAACAUGAUUAGCUCUGAAAAGAUUUUUCAGUGACGAUGUCAACAUUUCAUGAAAAACCCCAAGUCAUUAGCCUAAAGCAGUCAUGGAAUCUUUAAGGUGUACUUGAUCAUGCACAAACAGUGAGUAUUUUUUUUUUUCUUAAACUGGAAUAAAUCUGUAUCUGUUAGAAAUAAUAGAGCCAAAAAAUGUGAAUCUGAAGACAUUUUGCCAAUACUUUACAGCAGAUACAUGAACCAAAGUGGCCUGAGUUUGUAGAAGUGUCAAGUAGCAUAAACGGAUCUGUGCUCUCCAGAGCAGCCAGUGGGGUUUACCUGCACCCUGCGUUUGCCGCGUUGUGUUCUUUUGAAUUCAUUUUUUUAAUUUCUAUUAAAGGUUCCAAACCAA